CGGGGCGGGUGUCGGUGUCCUCUGCCGCCGGAGCCGCUCCGCGCUGAUCUAUCUGGAAGCCGCACCUGCUCCGCUCCGGGCUCCCGGCUGCCGCCGCCAUGUAUCUCUGCAGGGCUGCCUCGCAGACCUUGGCUUCUCGCCUCAGCAGGGCUCCCUCCGCUGCGAGCCGCCUCAAGCAGCGUGCACCUCUUCGCCAGAUGUCAUCUGGGAGUGUUCCUGGCUCUUCUGGAGAGAACAUGAUUUACUAUCUCCUUGCUGGAGCUGCUGCUUUUGGUGCUUUAUUCUAUGCCUACAGAGAAGUCACCUCAUCCCGUAGGAAGUACAUUGAACACGUGAAUAUUCUUCAUGAGAGAGCUGAGGGGAGGAAAGGCAGAGCUUGGUCACGCAGGGGUGAUGAAGAAGAGACGGAUGAAGUCACUGAAGCAGAGACAGCCACGGAAGAGGCUGAGGCAGGAGCUGCUGCUGGACCCCCAGCAGAGGAUGAGAGUGUUGGGGGAUCCCCAGAAACUGGAGGGGAGAGUGAGGCUCCAGAGGCAUCCCCUGCUGUGGAGGAAGCACAGCAGGAAGUUGCUGCUAAUUCGGAAGCUGCUGCAAUGCAAGAAACUGUGAGUGAAGUCUCGGAUGUUGCAGCUGCUUCUGACCAUGAGGAAAACACAGACAGUGUGGAGGAAGGAGUAACCUCAGAGGAAGGAGUAACCUCAAUGGAAGAAGCAACCUCAGCAGCUCCAGAGAUUUCUGACCCAUCUCCAAGGAGCCCGGACCUUGAUGCUGAGGUGUUGGAGCAAACUUCAGAAGGUUCUGUGGAGGAGAAGCCACCUGAAGAAGCCCCUAAGGAACCCUAAAGUAAGCAGUGCUGAAGCCUUUGCAAAGUUUAAUGGAAAUGUUUGUAGCAGUCCACCAGCUGAUUCCUGUGUGAAACCUCAUGCUCUUCCUUGGAGACAGAUAAGAAAUUGUGCAGUUUGUCAUUCCAUACACUGCCCAUCAGGACCAGUACUCACUGCUGCAGCAUCCAACCUAAUCUGGCUGAAGUUCUGCUAUUAACAUCUCUGCUUUAGAGAGUAGCAUCCAGUAAUAACUGCCUGAGAACCACCCAGCAUGCAAUAAAUCCAUCUGCUAGGAGAAGAAUUAGCUGAACCCAUGUCAGCUGAACUUAUUCUAGGUCUUUGUUGUCUCAUUAUGUACAUUGUUUUCUUGCUUUUGGUCCCAACUGUGCUGCAUACUUAUACCACUGUAACAUUCCGUGCUAGAAUGUCAGUAAAAAGUUUUAACUAACUUGAAAACUUAUUAAAAUUACCUGUUAGUAUUUUUAAACUGGGUUGCAGGGAAAAAAAUAACCUUGUUUGCUCCCAAGUUUUGAUUGGUAAUUGCCAGUAUAGGAUGUACAAGCUCUGAUUUUUCUCUUGCAUAAAUAUUUUAGCUAUUACCCUUCCUCACACAAUAAUAUCAAGGAGGAAACAUUCUUAAGGCUCCUGCUUUGAGAACAAAACCUGUUUGCAAGUGGUAGCAAUGUGUACUUUAUGGCAUGAAAUUCCAAAUAACACUGGUUGAGGUUAUCAGCAUUGAUGGCAGUGAUGGCUCCAACCUUGAGGGUUCUGGACCCUGUUCCUGCCAAAGCUUCUUCAGCUUGCUGUAGUCUUCCUGUGUUGUUUGGUCUCAGUGGUGACAUAAACACGUGGAGGUUUGAGAGAACACUCCUGGACAAAUCCCAAGCAAUUUAAUCUGUGGUGAAGCUCCCCUGAGCACUUGCAGAGGGCAAAGUCCCUGCUAAAGGCUGUGCCAUGGGUGUGCAAAUGGGCAGGGGGUCUGGGAAUAGAACAGAAUAUCU